AUGCAAAGAGCAGUAUUCCAAGGAGUUAGAAGAGCUGUUGGAGCACGCCAAGCACCCCUUGGGUUGCGUAUGGCCCGUCCUAUUGUAUGGGGACAAAAAAGUCCCAUGAUGGUGAGAUUUUCAUCGUCCCAGGCUCCUAAACCCGAAGAGAACGAACCAAAAAAAGAAGAGGAAACUGUGGCCGAAAACGAGGAAAAUGCCGAACCUUUGUCUGAAGAACAACAGCAGAUCCAGGAAUUGCAAGGAAAGUUGACACAAAAGGACAAAGAACUUGCUGAUAUGAAAAAUCACUAUGCCAGAGCCGUGGCUGAUUUCCGCAACUUACAAGAGUCUACCAAGAAGGAGGUUCAGAAGGCAAGAGACUUUGCGUUGCAAAAGUUUGCCAAGGACUUGUUGGAGUCGUUGGACAACUUCAGCUUGGCACUCAAUGCCGUCAAGGAGGAUACAUUGGCUGCAAACAAUGAGGUGAAAAACUUGUAUGAGGGUGUAGAUAUGACCCGCAAUGUUUUCGAGAAGACAUUGGCCAAGCACGGCAUUGAGAAAAUCGACCCUAUGGGCGAGCAAUUUGACCCAAAUAUGCACGAAGCCACCUUUGAGAUUCCUCAACCCGACAAGGAACCAGGAACAGUUUUCCAUGUUCAACAGCCUGGCUACACAUUGAAUGCACGGGUGUUGAGACCAGCCAAGGUGGGAUUGGUGAAGGGAGAGUAA